GUAAUCGACAAUUCGCGCUGCACGUGGGAGGCUAAACAAGACAACAUUCUGGGUGUACGCCCUGGGAUGCCAAGUCGAUCUCUAGCCACACUGGUGAAUCACCUGAAGGUCACCAAGGCGAAAGGUGCCCAUGUUGAUAGUGGAUCUUUCAAGACGCUCGUCAACUAUCUGUCCGAUCAAAGUCUGCCCAAUACGUGGGUACGUCCCAAAUGGCUUUGUGACGAGGUGUCAAUUGUGUGGGGAGCUGGCGCUGCCAAGAGCUAUAACAUCAACAACUCCUUACAUAAAGAAAGGACAUCGAGUGGGUUCUACGUUCGUCCAGCAGGGAAUAACAAGAUGAUGUUUAGCACUGCGUGGUCAGUCGACUGCAUCUGUGCGAUCAGGUUUGAGUUCUCGCGAUUCUUUGCGAGCAAGGAAGGGUCAGCCAAGGAGCAGAAGCUAUCUGUUCACGCACCAGGUUUCACAGCAGCAAUGCGAGCAAGGAUACGUGCAGCACGGAAGCUGCCAGAUCAUCUUCCCAAUCGUGCCAUCGAGGAACUUCGGAUUGGCGAACAUGUCGUAUAUGCUAUGAAGAAGGAGCUAAAGGGAAACCUUGUACCGAGAGAAGGUGCUACACUUGGCAAUGUGGUAAAGUCAACUCCUGAUCAGAUUCGACGAAGAAAACAGAAAGGUGGACAACUUCUCACUAGUCGAUUCAUCCUGGACCUUAAGUACCUUGAUGACUUGAAUGUAGUCGUGAAGGUGAGGUGGGCACCAGGAGGACAUCUUCAAGAAAAACCAGUAGAAAGAUCAGAGAAUAGUUCACCAACGCUUGCCCCUGUAGAGCUUCGACUGAUGGCGAUGCUGUCCGGACAGUUUCCGAAAACUUUCACAGAAAUCUUUGACGUACCAAGAGCGUUUAACUUGUCAAAGGAAUACCCAGAGGAAGAGCAACCAGAGCUAGCAUUUCCAGUCUGCCACGGGUCGUUUGACACAGCAUUCACCACGGCGCUAGAGCUACUAUGUGAGGAGGAGGGACUGAAGCUUAGCAAAGAGGAUGAGCUGAGAGCUCGCGUGCCGCAAUAUGGUCUUCUGGAGGCAUCUUUCGAGUUCUACGACCACUCAAGAGACGAGAUGAUCAAGCAGGGUGCACCACCAACAUCAUUGUCACCAACUGUGUACAGAAUUCUUCUCGACGAUGGAACAGUCGGCGCGUACUUUGGCACUCAUGUAGAUGACUUUGUGGUAUUCGGAAACGGAGCAAUUAGUGGUCUUCGUGAGGAACUGAGGCAGAGAUUCAGAAAGGCGUUUACAUCUCUGAAGACCGAAAAUUUUAUUCCGGUGGAACAAGAAUGGACCGCACUGACAGGAACAAAGAUGAUCAGAGUAGUUGAGGUUGAGGGCCAUCAGGCUUUAGAUGUGUCUCUGCAUGAGAAGAUGGAUGAUCUCACGGACUGGAAGGCUGAUGAAGAGCUUGGCGGUGGUGUAGUCCCCGAUGAAAGUAGGAAGCUCACACCUCGCGAGGUCACUCGACUACGCGGAACACGCGGCUCGACUGGCUGGAUCGCAGAAUGGCCUCCAGAUUUCCUUUACGAGCAACGAACUCUUGCCAACGGAGCAGACGAGGAAAGAACCGUGUGGAAUGCGAAGCGUCUGAAUAAUGUUGUACACGAGAUGAAGAAAUACAAGGACGAAGCAUUUAUUAGGCUCUGGCUCGAUAUUCGUGAUCCAGUUCUCCUACAGUUCAGUGACGGCUCAUUCCAAUCCAGACCAAUCAAGACGGAUGAGCAAAAAGGGACUGCAAAUCGAGGGAUGGCGGAAAUUUUGCCGGCGGGAAGUCCUGAGUUGGCGCAGGCGCGAGCUGAUGGUAUGCGACCAGUGACGUCGUCGAUUCAUCUUGUUGUCGACCGUGAGGAACUGAAGGACGCCAUAGAGCACGAACUACCAGUGCGGUCACUGAUGCUCGAUUGGACGUGCGAGACACACGAUUCGGUGGCCACGGGAUCCUAUGGGUCGGAAGCAGUUGGCUACGACAAAGCUAGCCAGCGUGCAGAGCAAAUAAAAUUAAAAUGGGCGGACAUGAAGAUGGUUAUCCCAGGAGGUGAGAUCACAGACGAUGUGAAUCAGGCAGCAGAUCAGAUAACCCAGAUCGAUUUCAUGGACAACACUGGUGUAAUAAAUCGUGUGCUUGCAAGACAACCAUCACUGGAGCAUGAUGCAACUGUGUUCAAAGCGAUUGUGCGAUCACGACAGGUCCAGAGGCGCCUACGGAAACCCAUCGUGCAUACCUCUGAUCCUAGUAAUCAUAGUGACACUCUCACCAAGCGUUUUGCCGCGUGCAAUCAGAAAAGGCAGCGCCUGCGGCUCCUCAUGCGAGGAACAUUCGAAUGGCGAACAGGGGAAGGAGAUAAGCGUGGUGAAGGUUUCGGAGUUCUCCGACAACUCAAGAAACAUGAAGCUAUCUGGACAGGAGACCAUAAGAAAGUAAUCAAGAAGAAGUAA